CUCUCAAGAAAGAGAAAUGCCCUGCUAUCCAAGACGCACACACAUUCCUCGACGCGAUCGUGGCGACGAUGACAGUAGCCCAACCAAGGCCGACACGUACGACUCCAACCAGCUCGAGCACGACAUGACGUGGCAGCACAAGCGCCAAGGACUCGAGCCCGAGGUGGAGUGUCUCUUGAGCGACACGACUGCGUCCACGUACUUCCACGUGUCCUAUGCGACGCUUCGAGAAGAGCCACGGCCACGAUCGUGUUCACAGCGCACGAUUACCCGGAUUGCAUUCGCGCCACUGGAUUGGGCGUCGCCCCAGUGGACGCCAACGUCCAUCGUCUCGACGGUCGUCAAGUAUCGGCCGUUCGAGGUCCCGCUGGCAACACGCUACACGCUCUUUCCCCGACGAUUCCUGUCGCUCCAACCGAUGCUGACGCGCCACGACGUCUUGCAAGGAUGUGACCCAGCUAGCGCGUGGCUGGAAAUCUCGGGCUAACCUCUCCAAGGCUCGGUGGAAAUGGGAUGGCACAUAUAUAAUCACAUCAACAUGUUUGGA